GAAAUCCUGCAGGCCAGACCUGCCCCGCCACCUGUGUGAGUGCGCGCCCGCCUCCCGCCGUUCUUUUCAUCCACCUGUCGCGCGCGUCCCGGUGUCUUCUUCCCGGGUCUGGCGCCUGCUGUGCCCCUUCGCCGCUCUGCCUGCUCCCGCGCUCGCCAGGCCCGAUUCUCCGCCCUGUUCCCUUUUGGUCUCCAAAGGCCUGUGGACUUUGCGGUUUUUAAUGAGCAGCCUAAAUUAGAGCGGGGAGCCUUUUAAAUAUGGGCCCUUGGAUUUGUGCCCAAUUUUACGUGUCCGUUUUUGAGAAAAUACUUAGAGUAGCGGUUCUGUUCCGUUUUGGGCAGUUUGAUCCUCCAUGAAUUUAUGCAGAUACGACAGCUGACAGGAACUGAGUCCUUAAAAGACAGUUAUCUUGAGUCUCUAAAAGGCAGUUAUCUUGAGACCCUAAAAGACGUUUUGGUAAUAUGAUUUGAGAGGGAAGAUGGAUGGUUCUGAACCAAGCUUCUGGAGGCCACUGUGCCCAAAGGGAAUAAAGAUAGAAGAGAGAAAACACCCAUCUUGUUCUCUCCGUUGCCUGGAGGGAUUAAAGCAUCGUGAUGGCUUGGUGAACUUUGGUCCUAUUUACAGGGCUUUGCUGAAUGUGUGAAUCCUUAUCCUGGUCGCUGGUUUUUUGGUUAGGUAAAAAUAGGAGCCCUGGUGUCGCAUUGGUUAGGCGCUUGGCUGGCAGUUUAAAUCCAUCAACCACUCCUUAGAAAUCCUAUAGAGCAGUUCUACUCUGUCCUGUAGGAUCACAAUGAGUCAAAAUCCACUCCAUGGCAACAGAUUUAGUUUUUCUUUUUUCUAACGUAAAAAUAAAUGUGUUUUUUUCUUAUACAGAUGAUCAAAUUUUUAUCCAGGCAUUUAACAAACAUUUUUUUAAUUUUUUAUUAUUGUACUUUAGAUGGUUCACAGAGCUAGUUUCUCAUUAAACAAUACACAUACUGUUUUGUGACAUUUGUUGUCAGCCCCACGAUGUGUCAACAUUCUCCCCUUCUGGACCUUGGGUUCCCCAUUACCAGCUUUCCUGUCCCCUCCUGCCUUCUUAUCCUUGCCCCUGGGCUGGUGUGUCCAUUUGGUCUCAUUUUGCUUCCUGGGCCUGUUUAAUCUUUUGCUGAAGGGUGAACCUCAGGAAUGACUUCAGUAUUGAGUUAAAAGGGUGGCUGGGGGGCCAUACUCUUGGGGUUUCUCCAGUCUCUGACCAGUAAGUCUUGUCUUUUUUUUGUGUGUAUGUGAGUUAGAAUUUUGUUCUACAUUUUUCUCCAACUCUGUCCGGGACCCUCUAUUGUGAUCCCUGUUAGCGGUCCGUGGUGGUAGCUGGGCACCAUCUAGUUGUGCUGGACUCAGUCUGGUGGAAGCUGUGGUAGUUGUGGUCCGUUUUAAUCCUUAUGCUGAGAUUUGAAGGACUCAGGAUAACACCGUAGUCACGUGCAUAGUCAUUGGCCAAAUCUUAUACAUUUUCUAACUAAAAGGAACACUUUGGGAAUAUUUAUGUUUAACCAGUUCUGAAAGUGCUCUGAAAGGCAAGGCAUGAUUUCUCCAGUUCCUGAGCACCAAGUGGCCUGUUGCUACUUAUCUCGGCCAUUUUUGCACAAAAGCAGCCAUAGAUGAUACAUAAAUGAAUGAACAAACAAAUAAGUACGUAGUUGUGUUUCAAGGAAACCUUAUUUACAAAAAAGGGUGGUGGGCUGAAUUUGACCCUUUGGCUGUAGUUUGCGCAGACCCCUGGUAUAAAUGGUAUGCAUGUGUUGUACAUACACAAUUUAGGUUUCUUUGUUAAAAUUAAUUGCAUGAAUAAAAUGGAUAUAAAUAGGAGUAUAAAUAAGUCAACUGAAUGGAAAAUAAAUCCUUGCUAAAGAUGGUUUCUUUACAAUAUUUUUUUAACGUUAGAGAAUUGGAAAGGGUACUCAAAAUGUUACUUGAAUUAAAUCCUCCAGACCAUUAGAGAAUACCUAAUAACAGAAGACUUACAACAGAAAAGGCUUAGUUAGCUUUGAUACUAAGAUAAAGGCAGAGAUAAGUGGUGUACCUGUAAAAUUAUGCUUUUGGUUGUAAGAUCCCUGUGAUUACCAUGUGGCACUCCCACUAGGGUGUGUGGUCCUUCCCACCCUCUCCAUACCUAUAUUUCCUGGGAAGUAGGAGCAGACUGAAGGGCUGGUUGAGAGAAUGUUUGGUCAGUAGUCAGAAGCAGCAGAGCUUCCCCUCCCCUUGAUUAGUUUGUCAUGUUAUACUUGCAUUUGUUCUUAUUACUUAUUGGAAAACCACUUGUUCCUGUAAAAAAAAUGCAGCAAUUUUUGAGAUUAAAAAAAAAAAAAAAACUCAAUAUCGUAAUAGCCUAAAUUUACUCAGUCACUCUUCUGAGCAAUUUAAAGAGAUUGUGUUAAUAUAGAAUGACAAGCAUAAUCAUGGCAUAGGCUGUUUAAGAUGUUUAUUGAGGCAGUUCUCGUAAUGAAAUAAUUUUUGAAGUCUAUGUGUUUUAUUUUGAAAGAAUAUACUGACACACGUUUUAAAUUAGUGUCAAAUGCUAAAUAAUUUUGGCUAAAUAGGGUUUCGAGGAUUCCCCAGAAGAUUUGAAAACUGUAAUUUUGUAAUGGAAUUGAAAAAUUUGUUUCGACCCAUUUGGAAGUAAAAAUGGACAUUGGGUAGAGUAUGAUUUCAGUUGGUUACCAUCUAGUGGUAAACUUAGGAAAACAUCAUCAUUGUAAAUACGUUGCUGAAAAUUAGAAGGUAUAACCAAAAAUUUUGUGUAGAACUUUCUCUAUAAAAUGUAUUUGAGAACACUAAUAAUAUAGUGAAACCUGAGUACUUUAUGGCCAAGAAGUACUGCUUUUGUUUUCUGACUCUUAUGUGACUUCCAUUUCAUUCAAAAUGCUUUUGUCCUUUGAAGAAUUACCCACUCAUGACCACGGUACUGACAAAUUAUUAUAUUAAUUAAUCAAAAAAUCUAAUACAAUAGCUUUGAAUUAAAGAAAAAACUGUAUUUUAAGUAAAAACUCAAAUUACUGAUAAAAGCUAUAUGCUAUUGGUAUUAUUCUAUCUUCCUUGUCUUUUGGUUUUCUUAGAACUGAUGUUAAGGUCUUAAAAUUAGUUUAUGGCAGAAUGUUACAAAAUGAAAUUUAGUAUGUAGCUAAAACUAGAAUUCAUCUUUAUCUUUCUUUAAAAAUUGUAGUAUUGUAUUAUGACUCUUAAAAACAGCCUUCAGCUAGUUUUAGAAAGAGUUUUGUGGAAAAAUAAUGUUGAUACAAAAUUAAUAAAUUGAACCGUCAUCAUUUUCUACUUUGAAGUCAUCUAUAUAUUUUUUUACCCCAGUUUAUUGUAAAAGGCAAAUAAGAUAAAAUCUAAAAAUGAAAGGGGGUAGAGAAGUGAAGACAAAGGAAACAUGAGAUUUGGUAAGGCAAAGUUGACAUACAUAAUAUUUGCCUUGUAGUCUGCUGUCUUUAACGGAGUUGAUAUUAAGCAUUUUAGCAACCAACAGAAAGUGGAAGACAAGGUUAUUUAAUAGACUUAGUGUCCAUAAAAACAAACUAGUUACUCAGAAAAUAUGCAUUUGUUACUGAUACAGAAAUCAGAAGGAAAUUUAUGCAUUGGGAACUCAAAAAGUAAACACUCUAUAAUGUUAUUAGCAAAAGCCUCCUGAAUAGGAGUUUGAUCAGGCUGUUUUAUGCAGCGUCCUCAAAGCAGUUAGUGCUAAAGUACCGUACCAGAAUACAGCUCAGUAAACGAAAUUAGUGAUAUGGUUCAGGUGUACAAGUCUCUCUAGUCCUCGGUUUCCUCCAGGGAAAGGAUUAGACUAUGUAUAACUAAACAGUUCUUGAUUCAGGGGUGAAAAACCACUGUUUUCUCUGAAAGUUUAUAAGGAAACCAAACUAUACGAAAAUAUGCCCAGCCUCAUGUCUAGGUAUUCUGGUUCAAUUACAUAUUUUUGUAGUCCAUUGUCUUUGAGCGACAAUGAUUAAUAUUAAUGUAUAUUAAUAUGCUUAUGUGCCAGCUACCUGUGUGUGGCAGAUGCUUCCUUUGGACUUUUUGUAAUAGUGAUUAUUGCAUACAAAUUAUAUAGUGAUUCAGAUAGAUGAGACAGCUUAAAAUAACAAUUCAGGUACUCAUUUCAUAGCCUUACUAUACUGCUUUAUUUCCUUUGAUUAUUAAGCAUACAGUUAAAACUUUAUAAUUUCAGGUGCCAUUGUAAAAUAAUUUAUAUUUGUUAGUAUUAAGUUAUAUUGUCAUUCUUACUGCUUGAUGACAGAAAUUCAUUCAGUACUGUGUAGUAAAAUUCUAUAAGACUAAUGUUAUUAGGUACCGUCGUGUGGGUUCCGACUUGUAGCAACCCUAUGUACAACAGAAUGAAACAUUGCCUGGUCCUGCGCCAUCCUCACAAUCGUUUGCUAGGCUUGAGCCCAUUGUUGUAGCCACUGUGUCAAUCCAUCUUGUCAAGGGACUUCCUAUUUUUCACCGACCCUCUACUUUAUCAAGCAUGAUGUCCUUCUCCCGGAACUGGUUCCUCCUGAUAACAUGUCCAAUGUAUGUGAGACAAAGUCUUGCCAUUCUCACUUCUAAGGAGCAUUCUGGUUGUUCUUCUCCUGAGACAGAUUUGUUUGUUCUUCUGGCAGUCCAUGGUAUAUUUGGUAUUCUUUGCCAGCACCAUAAUUCAAAGGCAUCAAUUCUUCUUCAGUCUUCCUUAUUCAUUGUCCAGCUUUCGCAUGCACUUGAGGUGACUGAAAACGCCAUGGCUUGGAUCAGGCACACCUUAGUCCUUAAAGUGACGUCUUUGCUUUUUAACACUUUAAAGAGGUCUUUUGCAGCAGAUUUGCCCAAUACAAUACAUUGGAUUUCUUGACUGCUGCUUCCAUGGGUGUUGAUCGUGGAUCCAAGAAAAAUGAAAUCCUUGACAACUUCAAUCUUUUCUCUGUUUAUCAUGAUGUUGCUUAUUGGUCCAGUUGUGAGGGUUUUUGUUUUCUUUAUGUUGAGGUGUAAUCCAUACUGAAGGCUGUGGUCUUUGAUCUUCAUCAAUAAGUGCUUCAAGUCCUCUUCACUUUCAACAAGCAAGGUUGUGUCAUCUGCAUAUUGCAGGUUGUUAAUAAGUCUUCCUCCAAUCUGAUGCUGUGUUCUUCUUCAUAUAGUCCAGCUUCUUGGAUUAUUAGCUCAGCAUACGGAUUGAAUAAGUAUAGUGAAAGGAUACAACCCUGACACACACCCUUCCUGACUUUAAACCACGCAGUAUCCCCUUGUUCUGUUUGAACAACUGCCUCUUGGUCUAAGGACAGGUUCCUCAUGAAUACAAUUAAGUGUUCUGGAAUUCCCAUUCUUCACAAUGUUAUCCAUAAUUUGUUGCCAUCCACACAGUUGAAUGCCUUUGCAUAGUCAAUAAAACACAGGUAAACAUCUUUCUGAUAUUCUCUGUUUUAACAUGUAUAAGACUUAUACAUGUUUAAAAAAGAAAAAGAGUCUUGUUCUUUUAAUAAUAGAUUUGAGGAAACAUGAAAAGAGUCAAUUCAUUAUUUUUCUGUACUUUGAAAAUUUCAGGUGGAUUUUUGAAUAACAGAUGAGUUUAUGUAUGAAAUGUUACGAUUCUCUGCAGUUAUGACUCGUAGGAACUCAUACAGGGUCGCUACUCCACUUUUUACAAGAUCAACUGCCUCAGAAUCAACAAACUACCAACUCUUCAUCUCAGAUUGGUUCCUGUGUGUCAUAUGUUUACCAGUCAGUGGGAGUUAAGCACAGCACAUACAUCCCGAAAAGCCAAAUAAGGAAAUGAAUACCUUCUCUAGACAGUUCUAAUUUUACUUGGCUAAAGCCAGUGGGCUUGGGCAGAAAAGUGAAAAGACAAUGCUCUACUUUAACCGAUGUCAGCAUCUGAAACAAAUAACACAGAGAUGUUUUCCUAAUAUCCAAGUUAAAAUGAAUAAACACAUACAGCUAAUUCUUUCAAGAACAUUUGUACUUGCAGAAUUAAGGAAGUCAUGGCACUCAAGCCACACUCUUGUCAAAGACAAAAAUAUUAUCCUGAUGGGACCUCCCGGUGCUGGGAAAACAACAGUAGGCAGAAUAAUAGGUCAGAAACUAGGCUGUCGUGCCAUAGAUGUAGAUGAUGAUAUCCUUGAAAAAACCUGGAAUAUGAGUGUGGCUGAAAAAUUACAGGAUGUUGGUAAUGAGCAAUUUUUAGAAGAGGAAGGAAAAGCUGUGUUAAACUUCUCUGCAUCUGGGAGUGUGAUUUCCCUUACUGGGUCCAAUCCAAUGCAUGAUGCUAGCAUGUGGCAUCUGAAGAAAAACGGAAUAAUUGUGUAUUUGGAUGUACCUCCAAUGGAUAUAAUUAAUCGUCUCAAAUCAAUGAAGAUAAAUAGAAUUGUAGGUCAGGAUUUUGGAACACCUAUGAAAGACUUACUUGCCUUCAGGAGACAGUAUUAUAAAAAGUGGUAUGAUACUCGUGUGUUUUGUGAAAGUGGGGCUUCUCCAGAGGAGGUAGCUGACAAAGUGCUUAAUGCAGUGAAAAGAUACCAAGAUGUGGAUUCAGAAACAUUCAUUUCAACAAGACACAUUUGGCCUAAAGACUGUAAACAGAAGAAUUCAACAAAAUUCUUUAGCGAAGCUGUGAUUGAAGGGUUAGCUUCGGACGGUGGACUCUUUGUUCCUGAGAAGGAGUUUCCAAAAUUAAGCUCUGGGGAGUGGAAAGGCCUGGUAGGAGCAACCUAUAUAGAAAGAGCACAAAUACUAUUGGAAAGGUGUAUACACCCUGCCGACAUACCUGCUGCCAGAUUAGGAGAAAUGAUUGAAACUGCUUAUGGGAAAAACUUCGCCUGCUCCAAAAUUGCCCCUGUCAGGCACCUUUCAGGCAACCAGUUCAUCCUGGAGUUGUUUCAUGGACCAACAGGAUCAUUUAAAGAUUUGUCUUUACAGCUUAUGCCUCAUCUCUUUGCACACUGUAUUCCGCCAAAUUGCAAUUAUAUGGUGCUUGUAGCUACUUCAGGAGACACAGGGAGUGCAGUCUUAAACGGUUUUAGUCAUCUUAGUAACAAUGAUAAGAAAAGAAUAGCUGUGGUCACGUUUUUUCCUGAGAAUGGAGUAAGUGAUUUUCAAAAGGCACAAAUAAUUGGCAGUCAGAAAGAAAAUGGAUGGGCAGUGGGCGUCAAGUCAGAUUUUGACUUUUGUCAGACAGCUGUAAAAAGAAUUUUUAAAGAUUCUGAUUUUACUGGCUUUCUUACUGUUGAAUAUGGAACAAUCUUAAGUUCAGCUAAUUCUAUUAACUGGGGCCGACUACUUCCCCAGGUAAUUUAUCAUGCUUCCGCGUAUCUUGAUCUUGUUAGCCAGGGAUUUAUUUCUUUUGGAAGCCCAGUAGAUGUCUGUAUUCCCACAGGAAACUUUGGUAACAUAUUAGCAGCAGUGUAUGCCAAAAUGAUGGGAAUCCCUAUUCGAAAAUUUAUUUGUGCUUCUAAUCAGAACCAUGUUUUGACUGAUUUUAUAAAAACAGGACAUUAUGAUCUAAGGGAAAGGAAAUUAGUGCAGACCUUUUCACCAGCAAUAGAUAUUCUCAAAUCCUCAAACCUGGAACGACAUUUACACUUGAUAGGUAAUAAAGAUGGACAAUUAAUAACAAAACUAUUCAGUCAGUUAGAAGAUCAGCAUCACUUCCAGAUAGAAAAGAUUCUAGUUGAGAAGCUUCAGCAGGAUUUUGUAGCUGACUGGUGCUCUGAGGAGGACUGCCUAGCAGCUAUUAGCUCCACCUAUAAUGCGUCAGGGUAUAUCUUGGACCCACACACCGCUGUUGCAAAAGUGGUUGCAGAUAGAAUGCAAGAUAAAACUUGCCCAGUGAUCGUCUCAUCUACAGCUCAUUAUUCAAAGUUCGCACCUGCUAUCAUGCAGGCUUUAAAGAUUAAAGAAAUCAACCAGACUUCAUCAAGCCAGCUUUAUUUACUGAGUUCAUACAGUGCAUUACCUCCACCGCAUGGGGCUUUAUUAGAGAGAGCAAAACAGCAAGAGAAGAUGGAGCAUCAGGUCUGUACAGCUGAUAUGGAUGUCCUGAAGAGUCAGGUGGAAAGACUAAUACAAAAUCAGUUCAUAGGAAUGUUUUCUGAGUAAAAAAAAAUUUUUUUUUCCUGAUGAAAAGCAUGCAGUAAUAAAUAUCUCAAAAUUUGGAGUACAAUAACAUUUUGUUUUCUUAAGUUAUGUAUAUAUAGCUUUUAUCAUUUUGAAUUUCAAUAGCCUAAUCUCUAGAACUGAGCAUUGUACCUGCACAUACUCCUUGGAAUCUUAAAUAGAAGUGACAAAAUGUCGCAGAGUGCAUGGACCCUUGUGCUGUUGUGCUUUGCAGUUACGAGGGAUAUAUCAGUUUCUUCUCCCUCACCCUUGCUUUUAAGUGGACCAAAUGUCUAGUAUCUAUUAAUGAUUUGGAAAUUAAAAUAUUUAAGCACAGUUGUUAAAUACUGUACCUGUAACCAUGUAUUAGUUCUCCGUUGACUAGAAAGUUAAUUUACCACUCAGAAUGGCUAACUUUUAUGGAGGAAGCUCAUCUGUUAAAAUUAGAGCUAGUGUUUCUAACCCUCCUCAAGCUCCGUUUUGGACUUCUGUUAAUUACGUGUAUCCUAAAACCCCAUUGCCGUCGAGUCGAUUUUGACUCACAGCGACCCUAUAGGACAGAGUAGAACUGCCCCAUAGGGUUUCCAAGGGGCGGCUAGUGGAUUCAAACUGCUGACCUUUUGGUUAGCAGGUGUAGCUCUCAAUCACUGCACCAUAAGGGUUCCAUGUGUAUCCUAUAUGGUCCAAAUUAGAUAAAUGCUCUGUCCUUAACUUCUCUUUGGAUGUUUAUAACUAGUGUGAAGAGGUUUGAAAAUCAAGACACAUAAUUUAAAUCCAGGAUGUAAUAAUCAGUAGCAGCCCUGGUGGCUGCAGUGGCUAAGUGGUCAGCUGCUAACCAAAAGGUCAGUGAUUCAAACCCACCGGCUCCACAAGAUAAAGAUGUGGCAGUCUGUUUCCUUAUAGGUUUCAGCCUUGGAAACCCUGGGGAGCAGUUCUACUCUGUCCUAUAGGGUUGCUAUGUCUAUAGCAUUGUAUUUAUCAAAUGAGAAAUUGUUACCAAUUUUCAAGCUGGUUAUAAUUUCUAGCUUUCACUUUCUUUAAAAUUAUUUGGAAUUGCCUUAGUGGCAACAGAUUUUUAAUAAUCAAUAGAACUGUUUCAUAGUAGAUACAAAAAAUUACUUAGCUUAUUCCAAGAGGAAAAUUUUCCAAAAUUAAAAAUAUUUGAAUAGUCUUAAUAGAAGUAUAUUUGUAGUUACAGACAAUAGUUUUCCUAUAUUAUUUGGAGUCCAUUCCCAUAUAAGUUGUCUGUUGUCUGUCUUGUCAAUGAACAUUGUCUUUUUGACAACUAAAAUCACACAGAACAACAGAUGUAUAUGUUUCAUUUUUAUUCCUUUGUAAUAGUAAUGCAUUUUAAUCAUGAUUUUAAUGUGAAUUUACUGAAUGUUUUAUUUUUGAAUGAAAGAUUGUCAUUGAAAGGAACGUAAGUGUAAUGGACUACUCUCAACCACAAGAUGGCAUUCCUAACAUAGUUUGUCCUUGCUGAUAGCGUUCUUCAUUUUCUGAGAGAACUAACUACUUCAAGAAAUACAUUAGAAGUUGUAAUCAGCGGUGCCCCUGGGGUUGGUGUCACCCUUAGUAAUGUUUCUUCUACUAAUUUUACUCAUAAAUCGUAAUUCCUGUAUAUCAUUCCUUCUUUUCCCUUAAUCAGUACUUCAUUCUCAAAAAAGUUAUUGAUACAGAUUCACAAGUACUAAUUACCACAGUACUGUAGCUAAAACACCAAGAAAUUCGACCAAGUUAGUAACUAUAAAAACGCCAGCAGCAAAAAAAAACAACAGUGCGUGCUUGUGGCGAGAGCAGACAAAACCACGUGAUUUGAAACAUCACUGUAAUUGGGUAAUAAUGACAGCUCUGACCAGAGCAGCUUAAACUCAUUGCCAUGGAGUUGAUUCUGACUCAGCGAUCCUAUAAGACAGAGUAGAACUGCCCCAUAGGGUUUCCAAGGAGUGGCUGCUGGAUUCGAACUGCCUACUUUUUGGUUAGUAGCCAAGCUCUUAACCACCGCACCAUGAGGGCUCUACAGUGCAUUAGAAUGUUCAAAAAUAAAUUUACAUAGAGUUCUAGCCUUGUAGUUAUAUUAAUACAUGUAAGUCUGGCUUAUGAAGAGUGUUUUUGUUAUAACUACAGGGAUUUUUUUAUAAAAAAUAAAAUUCUGCUGAAACACUGUACAAAAAUUUUGUAGAUGGUUGUUUUGGUGUUACCCCCUCUGACAGUGCCGCCUGGUGUGGUCUGCACCCCGCACACCCCCUUAGCAAUGCCACUGAUCGUAAUCAUAAAAAUUUUUUAAUAGCUUAAUAGGCAGGAGCAAUUUGUUUAAAAUUGAACCAAAACCCAAUUAUAUGUUGACAAAUGUGUGGCUUGGCUUCCAAAAAAUCUGUUGCUGUCUAGUGGAUUCCAACUCAUAGGACAGAGUAGAACUGCCCCAUAGAGUUUCCAGGGAGCACCUCGUGGAUUCGAACUGCUGACCUUUUGGUUAGCAGCCAUAGCACUUAACCCCUAUGCCACCAGGGCUUCUAAAAAGUAAGCUUUAAAACCAAAAAUUGAAAACCAGAAGCAGUUACAAGAAAACAAUGGCAGAUUCAAAGUUCUCUACUUAUCCAUGUAUGUCUGUGUUAUUGCGUCGUUUACUCCAAGGAUGUUUGUUUCAAUAGAUGAUAUAUUUAGAGAAUGUAUCUAAAUGUUCACCGUAUGCAUCGGAAUGCACUAUUUUUCUAAAAGUGGGAGGGGCAGUAUUGAAAAAAAAAAAAGAUGGUUUCUGCCCUCAAGAACUGUAGUUAAGGAAAGAACACAUGAAAACUAAAUCAUGUAUGACAAAAGAGUUAUGGUAAGGUAGUGUGUAAGUGAAAAUGAGGGCGACAGCCAAUUGCUGUAAGAUGUAAAAGGAAAGGAUUACUGUGGAACAGUUGGAAAAGGUUUCAAAGAGGUAGAACUUAAGGGGAGUCUUGAAGGAUGGGCAGAUUUUCUGGGUGUAAAGGGGAAAUAGAUUCUAGGCAAAAAGACAAGGGAAACAGAUAAGAUGAAAGGCCCAAGAGCAUUUAUCUGUAAAUGCCCACUUGGCAAUUAUUUGUAGAUAGUUUGUUCUUUCACUGUCCAAAACAGAGAUUUCAUGUCUUCCUCAGUUUUUCUCAAAACCAACUCUGACCCUUCACUCUCAGCUAAUGACCUUGCCUCGUUCAAGAGGAACAAGCUAUCAAAUAUGACCUACCUCAGCUUCCAAUCACAGAUGUCUAAAUCUACUGCAAUGGUUUCUAUCCUUUCCUCUUCCCUUUGGUUGAAUUGGGUAGGAGCCCCCCUCCCCCCCCUUUCAAAGGCUAAUCUCUCCAGGUGUGCUUUGGGUGCUGUUCCCUUCAGUGCACUCAGAUAACUUGCUUCAUGAGUUACCUUCUCUCCUGAUUUUUGAACUCCUCCCUCUAAUGCCUCUUUCUUCCAGUGGCAUUUAGAUGCUCUUUUUUUGUGUCUUAAAAAGCAUAAGAGCAAAACAAAGAUCUUUCUGAACAUCCACAUUUCCCCCAUCUACUCUUUUAUCUCUUCACAAUUAAGGGGAAAAGGUUUCAAUUAAGGUCUUAAAAGAGUGCUCUACAUAUACUGUCUCUACUUUCUUAUCUCUCACUUUCUCCAGAGUGUAUAAAAUGUAUGUACACUUUAAGGAUGAAUAAUAAAAUAAAUAGCUGUGUACUUAAAUCAUAGUAGAACAUCACUUGCCCCUUUGAUGCGCACUGUGGCUCCUCUUUGAUUAUACUUCCUUCUUUCUCCCUAUCUAAAUUCUCUGUUAAUCACUCCCUUGUUUGCAUUUACAGUUUUGCAUUGCUUAGUUUUGCCUCUUUGAAUCUUAUAUAAAUGGAAUGAUAAUGUAGGUAUUCUUCCAUGACCUAUUUCUUUUGCUCAAAAAUUCUAAGAUUCAUCCAUGCAGAUGAGAGAAUCCACAGUUAUUGAUUUUUAUCACCCCCUAGUAUUCUGUUGCAUGAAUACCACAACCUAUCCGUUUAUCAGGUUGGUGGACAUUUGGAUUGUCUCAUUUUUAUCUGUUCUUAUACCCAAUAGAUACGCUGUUUGUUAAAAUUUGUGUUCAAGGUCAGUGAA